CCCUUUUCGGGGCAGCCCGUCGCGUCGGCGGCGGGGAAGGCUAGAGGCCGGCAUGCCCUUGCCCGGCCGGUCCCUCAAUUUCCAAUUACGUCGACGCCAAGCGUCCGCACAUAUGCCGCUGGCGAUGAGGCGCCGCGACGCUGAUGAGGGCCGGCGCUACAACGACAGCCCCCGCGAGGACCGUGGCCCCCGCGACGACUGGAGGCGCGAUGACAGGCGGCGCGACGACCCAGAGGGCCGUGAUGACAGGGACAGCCGAGAUGACCGGAGGCGCGACGACAGGCGGCACCGCGACGAUGACGGGGAUGGGGAGGGGCGGGAUGAGCGGCGUCGGGACGAUAGGGGUUGGGACGACAGAGGCGGUGAAAGGCGCCGUUUCGGUGGCGGCCGUGGCGGCCGCGGCGGCCGCGGCGGGCGGUCGUUCGGCGGGCGCCGUGGCGGUGGCGGCAGGGGCGAGUGGCGGGAGCGCGGUGACCGGGACCGCGGCGACCGCGGCGGCGGCGAUGGCCGGCAGCAAUACCGGCAGCAGCAGCAGCCGCAGGAGGAGGAGGGGGAGUACAUUGACCCCCGCAUCCUCAAGUCGCCGCGCUACCUGGCGCUGAAGCAGCUCAUGCGCAUCGAGGAGGACGGCGCGUACUCGGGUCUGGUGAACGGCUCGCCCGCCGACUUCGGCGCCCCGCAGCAGCAGCGGCGGCGGCGCGGCGCGGUACGGCUGGAUGAGGAGGACGACGAGGCGGAGGCGGCGGCGGCGGUGCGGGCGGACGACGAGGGCCAGCCGCUGGACCCACGCGACCAGCGGCUGAUCAAGGAGCUGGUGUCGGGCUGCACGCGGCUGCAGCGGCGGCUGGACUACGUGGUCAGCCGGCUGUCCAACCAGACGCCGUCGGACUUCCAGGCGGGAGUGCGGCUGGUGCUGCGCCUGGGCGUGUUCGAGCUGACGGAGCGGCAGCUGCCGCCGCACGCGCUGAACGAGCACGUGCAGCUGGCCAAGGCGCUGGUGCGGCCGGGCGUGGGCUCCUUCGUGAACGGCGUGCUGCGCUCCGCGGGCCGCCACCUGGAGGCCGGCACACUGCCCACACCCGAGAACGAGCCCAGCACGAGCGCCGACGCCAAGGGCGGCGGCGCGCUGGCGAAGCAGGUGCUGCGGCGGCUGGCCAUCCAGCACAGCCACCCCACCUGGAUGGCGGCGCGCUGGGUGGCGCGGUUCGGCGAGGAGGCGGCGGCGGAGCUCAUGAGCCGCAACAACACGCCGCCCGUGUACACCGUCCGUGUGAACACGCUGCACCGCGGCGAGGGCGGCUGCGACCCGGCGGCGGUGCUGCAGCAGCUGGCGGAGGCGGGCGUGACGGCGGCGGCGUCGCCCUACCUGCCCGCGGAGUUCAUCCGCGUGGAGCGCGGGCUGCAGAGGCUGCUGGCGGACGGCUUUGUGCGGCGCGGGCAGGUGUAUGUGCAGGACGAGUCGGCGGGGCUGGUGGUGGCGCUGCUGGACCCGCAGCCGGGAGAGCGGCUGCUGGACUGCUGCGCGGCGCCCGGAGGCAAGACCCUGUUCGCGGCGGCCCGCAUGCGCGGCAACGGCUCCAUCACGGCGCUGGACGUGUCGGCGGCGCGGCUGCGGGCACUGCGCCGGGCCGCCGACGCCGCGGGCGUGGGCAGCAUGGUGACCGUGCAGGCGGGCGACCUGCGCGAGUGGUCGCGGCAGCAGCUGGACCGGGGCGCCUGGGCGGCGGAGUGGGAGCAGCCGCAGGAGGACCCGGCCUGGGCGCGCGCGGGGCCGGCCCGAGGCGGCGGCGCCAAGGGGCAGGGGCAGGGGCAAGGGCAGGGGCAGCCGGAGGGGGGCCCGGAGGCGGGCCGCCUGUUCGACAAGGUGCUGUUGGACGCGCCGUGCACGGGCACGGGUGUGCUGUCCAAGCGCGCCGACCUGAGGUGGCGCCGCACCCCCGAGCAGCUGGACGAGCUGGUGGAGCUGCAGGAUGAGCUGCUGGACGCGGCGGCGCCACUUGUGCGCGUGGGCGGCGUCCUGGUGUACAGCACAUGCAGCGUGGAGGAGGAGGAGGACGCGGAGCGCGUGCGUGCCUUCCUGGCGCGGCACCCCGAGUACGUGCUGGAGCACGCCGCCAGCGUACGGCAGGGCGCAGCGGCGGCGGAGGCGGAGGGCGGGAGGAGGGCGGGGCAGCGGCGUGGCGGGGGCUCGGAGCCGGGCGUGCCGGAGGAGGUGGUGUCGGAGGAGGGUUUCGUGGCGACGCUGCCUCACGUGCAUGGCACGGACGGCGCGUUUGCGGCGCGGCUGCGCCGCGUGCGGUAGAGGUGGUGUGGUGGCUUUAGGGUUCGGCGUGUGUUUCGUGGCUGGACAGAGGAGGCAAGGCCGUCGGCGAUUUUUCGGGGCGCGUGGCUGGCCAGAGUUGUAGUACGCGUGGUGCAGCGGGCACAGCGUGCUGCGGCAACGCGGGUGGCACGCGGGAUGAUGGAUGUCGGCGCAGUUCCAGAAUGGCUGAUAUUAAGCACAGACCCAGCGAGCAGCCUGCAAUUAUGUUAUUGAAAUAAUGAUGGCAAUGGGUGUAAAUACAGAGUUAGAGCCGUUUGGGCUGCGAAACAGAGGCGAUGACAACCACGGCCUGCUAAGGAAGUUUGGGAGAAUCGAGACGUUCUCGGUCGCAUUGCAACCUUCAUGAACCCAAAUGAUAGAACGUCAAUGGGGGGCUGUGCGCGUUCAGGGGUACACGGGGGACGUUCGGGACAGUCAUUGCGGACGGGUGGGAGAGGACAGUUCGUGCGGGAUCUGUGCGGCAGGGGGCUGAUGGGGGCGCCUGAAAAGACAGAUGAGC